GAUCAUGCCACUUUGACAUGUAAGAUCUUCUUGAUUCAAUAUCUGUGUUGAAAAAUGGCAAAACACAAAAAAAAGCGUCCGAAACAUGGAUGUUACUUCAGAGAUGGAAAAAGGAUGGCGUAUUUUUGUCUUGUAUAUAUAGAAGAAGUUGAAAGCUUCUUGGAAACACUUAAAAAAAACCUUCAGGGACUUGGGUUUCAUAUAGAAGUUCAUGAUGGAAAGAAAACUGACAAAAAGUUUAUGUUACUGCAUGUUCCUGAUGAUAUUUUGCUUGAUCUAUCAGAAGCUUACGACAUAGGGGUUGCUGAGAAAAAGUUGGGGCUUGAUGGACGACGGUGGACCCAUAAUAUUUUUCACACUCCUCUAUCUCACAUGUAUAUGUCAGAAACAAAGAAAGGAAACCUCACAAGUUGUGCGAAAAUAAUGAUAAUACAAAAGGUGUUGGAGUCAAUACAGUUUGGUUCAGAGACCCACGCUCGCAGUGUGUAUAGAAUGAUAGAGAUGAAUCUAUUGGACACUGUAUUCCCGCUCCAUGAUGGCUACCCUAUAGAUGAAACAAUGAAACUGCCCGACAAGUAUUUAAAUGAUCGGCAGCUACUGACAAAGUAUUGGGCCAAUUUUUCCAUGUGGUAUAAAUCAGUACCAACAGAUGCGAUUGAAAGAUACUAUGGACCUGAGAUUGCGUACUAUUUCGCUUGGGUGCAUAACUUCAAUUUGAUGCUUAUAAUCCCUUCCAUAAUGGGAUUACUUGUUGUUAUUUUUGGCAUUGCUACUGCACACCAAUCUGUGGCAGUGCACGAUUUUAUAGAGAAGAACUGGAUGUUUUGUGCUAGAUGCUUUCGCUAUCGAGAUUGCAAAUUUCAUCAACUUAAGAGUUAUUACAAGUUAUUCUUCUGGAACUACGUAUUCGAUAACUAUAUAACAGUCACAUAUACAAUAAUUAUGUCGGUGUGGGGUACUGUAGGCAUGAACUUAUGGAAACGAGAGUGGCACAUCUUGCAGGUGAAAUGGGGUGUAACAUUUGAUGAUGACGAAAUAGGCGCAAGGAGUGCAUAUAUCGAUCGUGUCAUGAAAAAAUAUGAUCCAAGAACUAAGAAGAUAGAGGCUUACGUGCCCAGAAUAGAGAAUGUGAUGCGAAUGGUUUUUUCAAUUAGUAUCUGCUUAGUCAUGAUAUCAGUGGUGAUACUUGCUGUUGUAGGAGUGAUAACAACAAAGUUGCUACUCAAAAUGGCACUAACUGAGUAUUUACACGAUUCAACUACAACAUUUGUUAUGAUAGUUGGCUGUAUUUUGCAAGUCUGUUUCAUCAAAGGUUUUGGAGAGAUUUACGAAAAUCUAUCAAUACGGCUCACAGACAUUGAAAACCCGAAGCAUCAACGCGACUAUGAUUCGUCAGUACUCUACAAAGGGUACUUAUUGGCAUUUGCGAAUAACUACGCACCGUUUUUCUAUAUUGCUUUCGUGAAGGGGAUCAAUUUCUCCCAACCAGGCACCAACAACUUUUUCAUACAGCAAGACAACUGCCAGCCUUCUACUUGCAUAGGAGAUUUAGCCACAAACCUUUUCUUCAUCAUAACUUUCAAGAGACUGGUGGGGAAUUUAUUGGUGCUGUUUAAACCGCCACUCAAGAAAAUAUUCAAAACGUUGUUAUUCUUCAAGAAAAAGCAAAUAGCAGAAGAAAGGUUACCGCAGUACGAAACGGAAUACAAUCUUUUACCAACAAACAGAUAUCUGCUUACCUCGGAAUUUUGUGAAAUGGUGAUAAACUAUGGCUUUGUGUCACUCUUCUUCGCUGCAUGUCCAUUUGCGUCAUUUUUCAUUUUGCUCAACAACUUGAUGGAACAGAGGUUGGACGCUUAUAAGAUAAACGUUAGGUUUCGACGUCCUUUACCAAGGAACGUCAGUGGUAUUGGAGCCUGGGACGGAGUCAUCUUGGGAAUUACUUACUUGAGUACAGCUACAAAUGCCUUUCUGAUAGGAAUCACAGGCGAUGUUGUCUCUUAUGCAUCGUAUGCUAUCAACCAGUGGGAGCAGCACUAUCGCUACCGCAGUUACGCAAAUUACACUAUGUCAAGAUUUAAAACGGAAGACUUCGAUUUCUAUCGUAAAGUUAACAACACACCAGAGUAUUGUUACUACAGAGGUAUGCGACUAGGACCAGAGGAUGAAAAAAAAUACAGUAUUGAUGGGCCUUACUGGGAAGAUGUUACCUGGAGGCUGAUUACUAUAUUUGUUUUUGAGCACUUCGUGUUAAUGUUCAACAGCGUUUUGGGCUUUAUAAUACCCGAUUACCCGAAAUGCGUGAAGGAUCAGUUAAAUUUGGACAGGCAGCUGGCAAAAGAGGCUAAGUUAUUGAUGCUAAAAGAGGAAAGGGAAGAAAGUGGUCAGCCAGACGAAUGGGAGAGAUAUGAUAAGAGGCCGGACUUUUCGAAAGGCGAGGGUCCGAUACGCCCCAGUCUGCUGAAUGUCAAGAACCAGUGGAACGAGCACAUCUUGAUAUGAUCUAUUUCUGAGCAUUAAAGUAUAGUUGAUUUCAUCCGAAUUAUCUGGAUUUUAUUGGAAUUACAAGAAAUCCUC